GCGGCGAGCUAGCGGCCGGCAGUGAGGAGUGCAGCGUGCGUGCAAUGAGCGCUCCCAGCCGCGCAGCACUGACACACCGCAGCCCGAGCUCCAGGCGAUGCUGUAAAGGCGCCCACAGUGCAGCGCAUCGCAGCCCGCCUCACCCAGCCGCUCUCCCCGCAGCGACAUGCUGCCCUGGAAGAAGAACAAGUUCGACCUGAUCGAGGAGGACGGCAAGCAGGCGAAGCAGAAGGGCUAUGCGGUGAGCCUCAACUACAGCGCCCUCACCUCGCUGGCCAAGUCGUGCCCGGAGGGCGCCCUGACCCGGGUGGGCAGCAUGUUCAAGUCCAAGAGGAAGAAGAUCAAGAUCACCGGGGAGGACCCGACCUACACCGUGCUCUACCUGGGCAACGCCACCACGCUGCAGUCCAAGGGCGAGGGCUGCACGGAGCUGGCGGUGUGCAAGAUCUGGAGCAAGAGCGAGAUGGGCAAGCACGGCACCAAGAUGAAGCUGACGGUCAGCUCGCAGGGGAUCCGCAUGGUCCACGUGGAGGACAAGGCCAAGCGGCCGGGCCACCUCUACCUGCUGCACCGGGUCACCUACUGCGUGGCCGACCCCCGGCUGCCCCGGGUCUUCGCCUGGAUCUACCGCCACGAGAUGAAGCACAAGGCGGUGAUGCUGCGCUGCCACGCCGUGCUGGUGUCCAAGCCCGAGAAAGCCAAGGCCAUGGCCCUGCUGCUCUACCAGACCUCGGCCAACGCCCUGGCGGAGUUCAAGCGGCUGAAGAGGAGGGAGGACGCCCGACACCAGCAGCAGCAGCUGAUCGGCGAGCAGAGCAUCCCCCUGGUCCCGCUCAGGAAGCUCCUCAACGGGCAGUGCUGCUACAAACCCCCCGUGGAGCGCAGCCGGAGCGCCCCGAAGCUGGGCUCCAUCACCGAGGACCUGCUGGGGGAGGAGGAGGAGGAGAGGGCCAUGAGCUUCGAGUGUGAGGACGUGCUGGACACCGGGGGUGGAGGGGAUGGGGGAGAUGAUGGAGGGGAGGAGGAGGUGGUGGUGGUGGGGAAGCAUCACUUGUCCCAGCUGAUCAGUGACCUGGGGGAGAUGACUCUGGGCAAUGACCUGCAGACUCUGAAAGCUGACCUGAGAGUGACUAGACUGCUGUCUGGGGAGAGCACGGGCAGCGAGUCCUCCAUAGAGAGCAACCAGGACUGUGGACCCAUCAGCAAUGGGUUUGAGGAAUUCAGGGAGCCAGAGACUGUAUGAAGAUGGAGGGAGGAUGGGACCGGGGUCAUCAAUGGACCAGAUGACACACACAAAAAACAACCCUAGCACCUAAUGGCAGGGCUUUAUUAGCCAUAUGUUGGGCUCAGACAGAAUGACUGUCAGGAGGAGAUGGCUGGCUCAGUCAGACACCAUAACUGUUGCCAUAGGACCUUGGCAGGUGUUUUGUUUAGUUUUUUUCGAAUAGCCCUUGUCAUAUUUAUCAUGGCAGGAAUAGCUCUUUCAUUGAAAGCCUCUGCAUUGAUUUUUGAGACUCUUUAUCCAUGAGAAAUGUGGGGCAAGAAUCUACCUGGCUUCUUCCCCUGUUUUUUCUUUUUCCUACCAAUCAUGAAAAAUUUGGCCAAUGUUUCUUUGCAGAUGUCUUCCUGUUAUAGAGGGCAAAUUCCCCCCAGCCCCCCAAGGUUUUUGGCAUCAAAUGGGUUAAUGCAUAAUAAUCUAUUGGUAUUUGUAAACUGUACUAGAACAAAGUUAAGGAAAAAAAUUACGUUAAAAUCUUUUUUUUUUUUUUUUAAAAGCCGUAUUUAGAAAAAAAAAAACUACAACUUUAUUCUAAUCCAACCUUGGCUAUUAUAGCCUAAAUGUUGAAACUUUGCUUUCAAUUUGUUACAUUUCAAUGUCUGAACAAAACCCAGUCAGUUGUUCACUAAACUCCACAUUUUAGAAAACGCAAUAUCAAGUGGCAAACAUUGAGACAAAAAUAGCUAGUUUAGAAAAACUGUCCAACUUGAAUAAAGUAACAGUUAGGAUAUUUUUGUCUCAAUAUCACACUUAGAUUGCAGUUUGCUACAAACCAGAGUUUAGCGAUGAAUAACCGUGACAGUGUGGAUGUGAGUGUCUAUUCUGCUCUGGCGGUCUAUUGUAGAAUGUGAGAUCCAGUCAGUCACUCAUGGGUUUAAUCACUAAAGUGGGUAUUGUGACAAAUUAAAAAAAAAUGUUCUCUUUUUUUUUUUUUCUUUAACCCUGAAAUUGUUGAAUGGGGAGGGGAGAUCUGCAGCUCUAAAAUUUGUGUUAAAUGUGCAAUUUAAGUGUUUGUACAACUCCCAGUUUAGUGAAUAGAUGACAGCACAGUAUGAGUGUUUAACUUUGGCUCAGGGGUAACAAGUCGUGGCUCAAAUUAUUUAGAUCUUGAUCUGUUUGUCUAUGAGCAUAAAAGGACUAUUUAACUAUCAUUUACUCUAAGUUAUAAGUGUGUAAUGUUCUGACUGCCAGAGCUAAACUUUGGUGUGCAAAGGCGCUUGGGACGAAUGUGCAAUGCCUAAGCUUCCAGUACUGACUGGGUUAAAUGGCAAUAUCAUGUAAUUUGAGGGUUUGUGCAAUAGGCACUAUAAGGUCUAAUGUAAGGUUUGAUUUUGGUGCAAGCUGUCCCCUUUAUGAUCCCUGCAGACAAGUAAUAAACUUAGCAUUGCCAGAACAUAGCUGACACUGGCAAUCAAAUCUGUUAAAAUGGGAUGAAAACAAGUUGGUAACUGUCAAUUUUUAUUAUUGGGAUAAAACUCAUUGCUCAUACUGCUGAGGGCCCUCUGGCACUGAAUUUUUUUAUUUUAUUUUUUUUCCUGUACCCUUGCUAAAUGUUCAAUCCUAGGAAACUUGGAGUAGCCCAGAGAAGUAGCCUUCUUGUACAAAAAUAAAACUGUAGUGCAGUUUCUAAUUCUCUAAAUUUUAGCAAGAAAAUGCCAUUCAUGAGGGGGGAACAUUUUCACGGUCUCCUUUACCUGGGCCCCAGUGCUACUGCUGGUUCUAGGAAUCAUCAGGGCCCUUGUUUCUUGGAAUCUGAGAGGAGUAGAGUCUGUGCAAUGCUGGAAGCUUUGUGGGCUGAGCACAAGAUGACUGAAAUGUUCCUUGUUACUCCUAGUCUUUCCACUCUUUAUUUCCCUUUUGGUUCCAUGCAAUGUUUGCACAUGUGAGUUGAGGCACACAAAAGGUGAACUGCUGCCAUCCUUCACUUUAUUUGGUACACUGAGCUUUUUAAUGAAAAAGAGAACCUCUAGCAUUUUAUUUUGCUAGGCAUGAAGAGACAUACAUUGAUGCAAUUUGCAACUUUUUAAGUGAGGGGAGUUGAAGUGUAGGCCCAUUUUUUUAACACCCUUAAUUCUUUGUCAGUUUUUAGCUCAGAGAUUUGAGAGCUGAAGUGAAACCUCUGGACACCCUGCUUCAGAAUGACUGAUGUCUUCUAUGCAAUUCACUGUUGCUCCCUGCUAUUGGGUUUACCAGUAUAGAAAUAUAUCUUGUGCACUUGAACAGGUGUUGCCAAAUAGCUUCAUUCACUUAUGGUUUAUUAGAUUACCAAAUCACUCCUGGUAAUCUAUCGCCUCUACUUGACUGCUUUGUAAUGAGCUAUGACAAUACAGUAAAAGGUAUCUUGCAAUUCCAUCUCCUGUGCUCAUAGCCAAUAGGACUAUAAUCUUGACAAAUUAAAAUCAUACCCUUCCCCACCCCCCUGCUGCAACUUUAGUUUGGCAAAGAAUCAUGGGAGUUGUAGUUUUAUUUUAGAUGGCCCCAAAUUAGACUAAAUUAAUAGACGUUACAAAAAAUAUUUCAAAAGACACUGCAUUGUAGUCCGUCAGGCUAUAAUAGACAAAGUUAGUGGCCCAGAGCUCUUCCUGACCUACUUCUUUAGAACUGCAUUUGAAGCUGCUUUCGUUGAAUGUCUGUCUGAAACCAAGCCACACACUUUUUUUAAUUUGUGCUAUCCUUAUUUAUAUCCUCUGUACUUUCAUUUAAUAUCCUGUAUUCCAUUUCUGGUUAACCCCUUGCAGUAGUAGAUUGGCAAUAUCCAAACAUGAUUACAUAACUGACUUCUUUGCCCUUAUUAAACCUUCCUUUGCCAGGUAUUUCCCAAACACUUUUCCAGGUUCAUCAAGCAGAAUGAUUAGUUAGGUGUGUGCAGUCCUUUUUUUUUUUUUUUUAUUAUUCCUUUCCUCUGAUAAAAGAAGCUUUAGUGUGUGUAUAGCUUAGUAGCACCUAGCCACCUGCCACAACUCCACAAAUGGACUUGGAAAUCUGGUACAUUUUUAUGUUUACACUUUAUUUUCAUUUUGAAAAUGGCCCAUAGGGAUACUGCCUAUUCAAGUUUCAUGACAUUCCAUGAUGGGUUUUGUAAUCCUUGCACUGUUGUGAAGUAUUUUGCCAGUGUUUUCAUAUAUGUAAAUAUAUAUAUUUUUUGUACAUAGUGGUCACAUAUAUAAAUGUUAUCUUUGCUGUGCAAAAGAAAAUAUGUUGGUGUUCACCUUGUAUAUAUUUUGUGUAUAUAUAUAUUUUUUUUUCUUAAGAACUUCACUGUUCUGAUUGUUUGCAC